UUCUGGGCGCGGGAUUGGCUGUUCCUGUGGCAACAAAGCGGCUUGGGGAAGGGAGGGGGCCAGGGGACCCGCCCCUCCAUUGUGCUGCGAGUUUUUCUUGCCAAAAGCUUGGCUCGGGGAGUUAAAGAGAAGCGAGUUGAGAUCGGAGCGCUUAUAUAUCAGCGCAGGCGGGCUGUGCGCGCGCGCCUUCUUUAUUUUGCGCUUGAGGGGAAUCCGGUGUCUUGCAAGGCGGGUGGAGGGAUGCGAGAACACUGAAAGGGGGAAAUACUUAAAAUUUUGAUCGCAGAGAAAAGAGGGUAUUCCGAAAAUUAAAGGGGCGCGCGCACAUCCCCUCUCCAAGCGCCGAUCCUGCGCGCAAUGUUUGCGCCCAAGCGGUGAGAGCUGCCUGGGAGCGCCGCGGCUUGCUGGCUGGGGACUUGUUGAUGGAGCCGGCUGCCGGAGCUCAGAGGCUGGCCGGGACGGAAAAGCCCUUCCUGGGAGGGGGCACAGCAAAGCGGCGCCAGUGCGCAGGGUUUGGUCUAUGCUGAGGUGCAGAGUUCGACAGAAAGCUCUGAAGUCUUGAGACUUCCCCGCCAGCUCGCUAGAGUGGCAGAAACCGGUGCUGCUCCAAAGGGCUUUGUGGGGAUGAGAAACGGCAUACGGGCUGCAAGGCUCCAUCACCAGGUUCCCCAGGGAUCAUCCGAUGGUGUCUCCUGAGCUGCAAGGGGCAGCCUGACCCUCUGUUCUCCCACCUCCUUCCUCAAACGUGCAGCUGGUCAGCUUGCCAGCUCGUUGUUUCGGCAAGUGGGCGGUUUUGGCGGUGCUGCAAGGUGUCUGGUGGGGGCAGCUGUGCUAUGAAUUGGCGUUUAUGGAUUGUCCGCCUUGCCCUGGUCUGCAGCAGCUUCGCUGAAGCAGGUACCCGUGAAGCAGAGCCCCGUGCUGUGAUUGGCCGGACGGGAGAGAGCGCCAUUUUGGGCUGCGACCUACUGAAGCCAGACGAAGCGACUCCUCCCCUCUAUGUCAUUGAGUGGGUGCGUUUUGGCUUCCUCCUCCCCAUCUUUAUCAAAUUCGGCCUCUAUUCCCCACGUGUGGAUCCAGAGUACGUAGGUCGUGUGCGGAUCCAAGAGGGCGCCUCUCUCUGGAUUGAGCAGCUGCGUGCCGAGGACCAGGGCUGGUACGAGUGCCGGGUGCUCUUUCUCGACCGACCCAACAGUGACGACGAGUUCCAAAACGGCACCUGGAUCCACCUCACUGUCAAUUUCCCCCCCACCUUCCAGGAGACCCCGCCAGCUUUCAUAGAAGUGCAAGACCAAAAGUCUCUCACGCUGACCUGCUCUGCAGCGGGAAACCCCCAGCCAGUCGUCACUUGGAAGAGGGACAACCAAGCCAUAGAAAGUGGAGACAAGGUUCAGGUGACGAAUGGGAGCCUUGUCUUUGCCGGUGUGGAGCGGGCCAGCGCUGGGGCCUACACCUGCCACGCCACCAGCGAAGAGGGUGCCAUCACCCACACAACCCGCCUGUUGGUGCAAGGGCCUCCGGUAAUUGUGGUGCCCCCACAGAACGUCACUGUCAACAUCACCCAAGAUGCCUUCUUGGCCUGCCAAGCCGAGGCCUACCCUGCCAACCUCACGUAUAGCUGGUUCCAGGGGGACACAAACGUUUUUCACCUCAGCCAUCUCCAGUCCCGGAUUCGCGUCUUGGUGGACGGGAGCCUCUUGGUACAGAAAACUGUCCCAGAGGAUUCGGGACAAUAUACCUGUGUUCCUAGCAAUGGGCUAAGGAGACCACCUUCUGCCUCAGCGUUCCUCACAGUUCUGUACCCAGCACAAGUCAUCGACAUGCCCCCUGAGACUCUCCUGCCAAUAGGGAUGCAAGGCACCAUCAGGUGCCCCAACAAGGCCAAUCCUCCGCUGCUCUUCAUCAACUGGACCAAAGACGGGCAGCCGCUGGAGUUAGGCAAGCUCCCAGGUUGGUCCACGACUCCCGAUGGUGCCAUUGUCAUUGCCACAAGCAACGACAAUGCCGUGGGUGUUUACACCUGCACCCCAUACAACAGCUACGGCAGUGCUGGCUCCUCGGCACCUACGCGCGUUCUCCUGAAGGACCCUCCCACAUUCAGCCUGUGCCCCAAGGAGGAGUAUUUUCAGGAGGUGGGACGGGAACUGCUCAUCCCCUGCGCUGCUAGAGGUGACCCCCUGCCUGUCAUCUCUUGGACAAAGAUGGGCAGCAAGGGCUUAGCCAAUGCCCAGGUAGACAAGAACAACAGCUUGGUCCUGCGCCCACUGACCAAGGAGCAGCACGGCUUAUGGGAAUGCGCCGCCAACAACGGUGUGGCCCGCAUCAGUACUGCAACCACUGUCUACGUAUUGGGCACCAGCCCCCACACAGUGGCCAACGUCUCGGUGCUGCCUCUCCAACAGGCUGUCAACAUCACCUGGGAGCCAGGCUUUGACGGGGGCUACUUCCAGAGGUUCAGCAUCUGGUAUACGCCGCUGUUGAAACGCUUCAAUCGCCCUCACCACGACUGGGUUUCACUGCCUGUGCCUGUUGGGGCCUCCCACGUCCUGGUGGAGAAUCUGCAGCCAGAUACCGGCUACCAGUUCAGCGUUUUGGCCCAGAACAAGCUGGGUAGUGGUCCCUUCAGUGAGAUCGUCACCACCGUGCCACUAGGUUUCCCAACAAACACCAUGCCGCCCAACCCCUCAUCUACGACCUCACAGAUUUUUCUAUCCCCACCUCAAUCCCUGAUGGCCAACGAGACCACACGGGGGGUCCUUCUGCUGUGGGAGCCCCCAUUCCAAUUCUCUGUGGCUCUAACAGGCUACACCCUGGAGCUGCGGCAAGACCAGGGCGGCUGGGAGGUUCUCGACGGAUCCAUUUCCAGCUCUGAGACGCAGCUCCUGGUGCCUGGGCUAAUCAAGGACGCCUUCUAUGAAUUCCGCCUGGUGGCCUUUGCUGGCAGCUACAUCAGUGACCCCAGCAACACGGUCAAUGUCUCCACAAUAGGCAUGGAGGUGUAUCCCUCUCGCACCCAGCUCCCUGAGCUCCUGCCCCAGCCAGUGUUGGCAGGAGUGAUUGGCGGGGUCUGCUUUCUCAGCACGGCUGUCAUCUUCAGCACAAUGGCGGCUUGCAUCAUGAACCAGAGGCGAGCUGCCCGUCUCCGCAAACGCAGGCAAGUUGCUCUCCGUGUGAUUUCCCCUUUAUGUUCUCGUGACCUUCCAGAUCCACCAACCGUCUUCUCCCCCAACAAGAAGCUUCUGCCUUCACAAAAUUCUACAGGCACUGCUAGCCCAGACAGCGUUGUGAAGAUGAAAUUCCAGGCCUCCCCGUAUCAGAGCCUUCGCCGCUCCCUGCUGUGGGGGGAGAAAGCCAGCACCAGCUUAGGCCUCAACAUCACCAGCGGCAAUGCGAGGAACAACUCCAGAUACACCCUCUACGAGAGCCACGUCGGGGAGCCGCUACCCCUGGAGCGCAUCUGCCGCGGGCCCGACGGCCGCUUUGUGGUGCAGAGCGAAGCGCCGCCUCGGGAACGCUUGGCGGCUAUGCUGGAACGCUAUUCCCUGUCCCUGGCUUCUUCAGAGAGCAGCCUGGGCCAGCUGGAGCCUUACCUGCAGGUCUACUCCCCCCCUAGGCCUGAAGAGCCUGUCUGGCAGAAAAGCGUCUCCCUGAGGCCCAAGAGCGCCAGCCGCUCCCGCCGCGAAGCCAAGGCCUCCGGCUACCGCCAGGGACGCUACUUCGACUACAGCAGCAGCAGCCCAACGGAGGAGGCCGAGCCCUUGUGCAUUGUCAACAUCAGCCCAGUGGCGACCAUGCCGUAUGGGGCUACCAAGCAGCGUGCCCAGACCACUACCCAGAGCCCCGAGGGGCACGUGGACGGGCCCGCCACUGCCGCCUCCUCGUCUUCCUCGCCACCCCCUUCCUCUCCAACCUGCCCUAAGCCGAUCAGCCAAGCCCAUGCAAAUACCUCAGCCCAAAGUGGGAUUCUGCAGUACUUGAGUCUCCCCUUUUUCAAGGAGAUGAAUGUGGAUGGUGACUGGCCUCCAGAGGAAGAGGAGCAGGAGGAAGAAGAAGAGGAGGAAGAGGAGCAACCUUCCAAACCAGCCCUUCAUGAGGCUCUGGGCAGCACUGAACUCACUGGGUUGGGGGAUGAGGACAAAACUGUGUGUCCAGCCUACAUGGACACGCAAGCCAAUCUAGACCCUGCUCAGGUACAGGCCUUGGCCAAAUCUCUCCUCAGGCUCCCUCACGCCAACAUGGGCCCGGCUAAGGCUGCCUUUCCCGGGACCUCGGUUUGCCCAAGUUACCUCAGUUCCUUUUUGGAAACGCCCUCACCCAAGGAACCAGGGCCUUGGUUGGAGGUGCUGUCGCCCCCUCAGCCCCCCAUGGACAGCAGUCAGGCAGAGCUUGCCUACACAGCCAUCCCCUCAGAGCCUCACUGGCUCCACGCAGCGGAGGAGCUCCCAGAGUCUCUGCCCCCUGAGAGACACAAGUCGCCCGUCGCCGUUGCCCUGGCAGGGCCGCUCGCUGAGAAGCUGCCGAGGGGCAGCCUGACCAGCCAGAGCAGCGGCCGAGGCAGUGUGUCCUUCCUGAGACCUCCCUCGCUGGCGCCGUCACUGGCGGGUAGCUACCUCAGUUCCCCCUUUGCAGAAAUGACCGGCUGGCAAAGCAGCUCCGCGGGUGAAGAAUGCAGACUCAAAAAGGACCCUUCGGUGGUUGCCAUCAAUAAAAGGAGGAACACAUCUGUGGACGAGAACUACGAAUGGGACUCUGAGUUCGCCCUGGAGUCUGACCUGCUGGAUGCGCUGCAGCUUUAUCGGAGUGGGAACCCCAAAAGGCCGGUCUCCACCAUCGCGGCACAGGAGUUGGAGAAGCAGAGCUCAAAGACCUCCAGCGAAAGCAGCAGCUCGCCCUCAAACUCCCAGUCAGUGGGUGCCUUAGAUGGGUCCAGCUCCCCGGUGCCCUUGCCCAGCCCUGAGGAACGCUGUGCCGCCCUGCGCGAAGAAUUUCUGGCUUACCGCCGGCGCCGGGAGGCCACUCAGCAACGCCGCCAGAAGCUGGGCUCUGGCCAGAAGCCGGGGGACGAGCGGUUUGAGCAGGCCACCUUGUUGUGAGGGGGCCCCAACAGCCUAAGCUGGCCACGUUGCCCCCCCGACACACACGCCGUGAGGGGGACGGUGUCUCCAUUUGACCAUGCUCCUGUUGAGAGACAGUGCCCUCUAGAGCUAACCAAGGGAACUGUGUCCUGCGCGGAACAGCAACUGGCUCCAAAGACAUUGAGGGGAAAGCUUGAGGCUGACAUAGCGAGAGGAGGAACUCUGGACCUUCUUAACCCUGCUGGGAGACGAUAUGUUAAAACUACUGGUGUUUUGAUUUAUUUUAAA